AUGAAGACAAACAAUUAUAUGUGGAAACUUGAUUUGUUAGAAUCAAAGUUUAAUAGAUCUACACCCAGAUUUCCUCAUACCAAAAAAUUAUUAAUUGCAAUUAAUCACAAUCACAAAUUAUUGAAGAAAAUCCCUAAAUCACCAGAGGAUGCCCAAGAAGAAAUAGAAAAUAUAAAAUCUGAUAUAUUCCAAAAGAAAUAUCAUUCAGCAUAUUCAAAAUUAUCAAAAGAAGUGGAGAAAAAGACUAUACCGGUGGAAGAUAAAGAAUUUGUAUCGAAAUUGAUUACAUCAAAGCUAAUAAAAAUAAUUCAAAUCGCUUGCUUAAACUCCAAAGAAUUGAAAACAAAUCCCCCAACAUAUAUUGGACAACACCUUCGAGAAAUUAUAAUUGAUAAGUCAAAUGAAUAUAACCCUUCGAGUUUUUACAUCACUUUCUGUCAAAAUGAUAAGGCUGUGAAUAACUUUGUUGCCAAUUUAUGGAACAAUAAGAAUGUAAAGAAGAUUUUGGAUGAAAUUGAAUGGUCAUUCAGAGUGGUUCGUGGAAAUUUGACAAGACAAGAGAAGGAUUCGAGAAUUAAAACUACUGGCGGUAAGGUGAAUUUGAAGGACAAUGAAGGUAGUAAUGGAGAAGACAGUAGCGAAGACGAAAACGGGUCUUUAGAUUUAGAUGAUGCUUAUGACAAGUUUGCUAUUUAUGAUGACAAUGAAAAUGGAUCGGAAGGUGAAGGUCAGCAACCGGAACUAGAUCCUAAUGUCAAUUACAAUGAAGUUACAGAUGAAGAGCCCUCAGAUGAAGAGACGAAAGAGGACUCGUCGGAUGAUUUUUUCGAAGAUGAGCCACCAAAGAAGAAACAGAAACAGAAUGAGGACAGUAAAAAAUCAUUCAAUCUUCCCCAACUUGCCUCUGGUUAUUUUUCUGGAGGCUCUGAUGAUGAAGAAGAAGAAUAUGAUGAUGCUGAUAACGAUAAAGUAGUAAAAGAAAUAACAACACAGAGAAAGAAUCGAAGGGGUCAAAGAGCAAGACAAAAGAUAUGGGCCAAGAAGUAUGGUAAAGAAGCAAAGCAUGUCAAAAAGAAUCAAGAAAUACUUGCAAGCGAAAGACAACGUAGACAAUUGGAGUUUGAAGAAAGACAACGUAAGCGUGAAUUGAAAGCAAAAUUAUUAGCUGAGAAACAACAAACUGGUGCUAACGCAUUACCACUUGGUGAAAGAAAAUCUACUACCAGCACCAUACCACAGCAACUGCUAGGUUCUACCAAUACUGCUACAGCAGAGGAAAAAGCUAUCCAUCCUUCCUGGGAGGCAAAGAGAUUAGAAAAGGAAAAACUCAAGAAUGUUAAAUUCCAAGGUAAAAAAGUUGUUUUUGAUUAG